UUCACCGCCAAAAUGCCCAAGUCGAAGCGCGCCAAGGUCGUCCACCUCUCCAAGGUCGAGAAGAAGGGCAAGGAGCUCUCUGAGCGCCUCUUCGCCAAUGUGCGCGAGGCCGCCGACGAGCACCAGUAUGCCUUCGUCUUCGACGUCGAAAACAUGCGCAACAACUACCUGAAGGAGGUGCGCGCAGAGUUCUCCGAUAGCAGAAUCUUCUUCGGCAAGACCAAGGUCAUGGCGAAAGCCCUGGGCACCGACGCGGCCUCUGAGCACCUUCCGAACCUUCACAAGCUGUCGGCGCACCUUGCCGGCAAUGUGGGACUGCUGUUCACGUCGCGCGAGCCGGCCGAGAUCCUCGAGUACUUUGCCAACUACGCCCAGACAGACUUUGCGCGCGCGGGCGUCGUCGCUUCGAGCACUUUUGUCGUGCCAGAGGGUGUGGUUCACUCAACCGGUGGCCAGGUCCCCGCUAGUGAGGACACCCCUCUGCCGCACCCCGUCGAGGUUACGGUUCGCAAGUGGGGUAUGCCCACCCGCCUUGACAAGGGCAAGGUCGUCCUUGACCAGGAAUACACCGUCUGCAAGGAGGGCCAGACACUUAACAGCCACCAGACUGCUCUGCUCAAGCUGUUUGGCGUCCACAUGGCCGACUUCAAAAUCCAAAUCAAGGCGUACUACAGCGCGGCCAGUCAAGAAGUCACAGUUGUCGAUUCCAUGGAGGAGUAGGCGAUUUCGUUACGCGUGUUCAGCUCACUGAGAGCGUGUACUCUCAUGGAAGCGGCGUUUGGGAGCAUACGGUGUUGGGCUUACAAAGCCAGUCAUGGGAUGGGAUCGAUCUUCGUCGUUUGCAAAAUAUGGAAUAGCCUCAAAAAUUUAGAAAGGAGGCAGAAUAUAUGUCAAUUUUUCUUGUCCAUUCACGG